UGAUCGCUCGCGCCGAUGAUUUAAUUUUUAAGUUUAAACGCUGAUUUUGUAGCACAGAGAACACAAAACCCUGCGUCAAGCGUAGCAAACCGAACGAUAUUCACAUUACCUACCAUAUAUAUGUGUAUAUUAUAUAUAUAUAUACUACAUACAUCUCGACAAAACAUUAUACACAACGCCUCUAUGUUUGUGUGCGUGUGCGUGUGUGUGACUAAUAGCCAAGAAAACUAGCGAGCGAUCUAAAAAACGAAAAACAAAUAAUAAACGAAAAUUACGCGAACAAACCUAAAAUAAAGCAAGAGAAGAGCAAUAAUAACAGCAACAACAACAACAAUUGACAACGAGCUAAAGAACAGCGCAAAGCAACAAACCAAAAAUAGACAGCGCAAAGCAGAAGCAGGCGCAGCUAACGACGACGACGACGACGACGUCAGCGUCAACGCGUAUGUUAUGUGCCGAGCAUAAUUCAACGACGCACGAAGAGCGUAGCUAAGGAAAGGAAAAAUUUAAUGAAUAUAAACCAUAUAUAUAAAUACAUACGAAUCCCAACUACGACGACGAAGACGAGACUACGCGAAAUCCACAACGACAUUUUGUAAUCUAAAGAACCUGCAAGCGAGAUCGAGCGAGCGAGCGGAAAAGAGAUAUACCGAAAUAGCAGCAGAAGGAAAGAAGAGAUAAACAAUAAAGAAGAAGCUGAGCGAACAGAAACGAAAAACCAAACAAAAUAUUGGAUCAAUUUUAUAUUGCACUAAAAGACUACUUAUAAAAGGAAUAAAUACUAUUUGUCUUCAGCAGAAGACUACGAAAGGAAAUUAACUCUAGAUAAUUGUAUUAAAAAAAAAAAAAAAAAAAAAUAAAAAAAAUAAAUAAAUAAAAAAACAAAGAAGAAAGGAGAAAAGAAAAACAAGAAUUGUGAUAUGUACAACUUUACUCAAAUAUUGAAAAAACACUUAUAGAAAAGUUUAUUUCAAGUAUUCCGAUCGUUUAAGAGACGGACACGCAAAUAAUCCAAGAUAAUAUCAAAACUUGAACAAGAAACGGAAAAAAGAAACCAAAGAUUAGGGCUUUCAAUUAGAUUAACAUAUAAGAGAAAGCACAAGCGGAAGCAGAACCAGCAAUGGCAGAAAAAGUGGAAAUCUCACCAGCCACAUUUAAUAAUAAUCAGCAACAACAACAGCAACAGAAUGAUGCUCGAAAGGUGCGCAAGUCGCCCGAUUUUCAGCCCGUAUUACCAGGUGUCAUAUCCAGAGAGCGCAGUUUUGUGCGCACCUCUAAUCAACAGAAUAUAAACAAACGGCGCAGCUUGGCGUUCAACGUGCCUGGAAAUCAGCCUGGACAGAUGCGUGGCAAGCCAGCUAUGGAUAUAUACAGACCUCCAAAUGUACGCGGCGAUUUAGCCGGUGAUGGUGGUGCCAAUGGUGCUGGUGGUGGUGUUGGUGGUGGCAGUGGUAGUGGUGCGGGUGUCUCGAACAAACUGAACAUAAAUGCCCAGGAGUUCACAAUGACGACCAACUCACGUGCGACGCCACCGGCUGAGGCACUUAACAAUAAUCGUUCGUCCCUCAUCUUUCCCAUGGCUGGCGGACCGAGUCUCCUGCAGCAGCAGCAGCAGCAACAACAAUAUGCAGCAGCUGCCAACAAUGCGAUCCUGAAUAGGCGCCAAGCGGGUCUCUCACUGGGCAAUAUGCCGGCCAUGAACAGUCUCAAGGGUGGCCACCAUCGUUCCAUCUUGGUCACGCAUCCCAUCAGUCCCAUGGGCGGACAGAUUCCGCUCAUGAAUUCACCAUCCAGUGGCAACAUACUGCAUUCGACAAACCGAGUAAAGUUUGCUCCGGAGCCCAGAGCUCAGAAGUCGGGACAGCAAACUCAGUACUACAACAAUGGACAUCAAGCGUAUCAAAUAAAUGGCAUGGAUCCCUAUCUAAAUGGCACUGCGCUGCAGCGCUCCAAGUCGCUGUCGUCGGCUGAUGCACUGACUCGUGGCAUGGCCGGCUUGGGCUUGGGCCUGGGCAACGAGGUGGCUGACAUUGGGCAGUUUACUCCGGAAAUACAGCAGCUGAUCGAAACGGCUCUGGAGGAUCCAAACAAAUUGAAUUCACGCUGCCUCAUGGAGCUAACGUCGCAGUUUAUUAAACGCGCCGUUGAGAGUCGACGAUUCGCUUUGCCGAUUUCACGGCUCUGCUUGAAUAUUAUCGCCAAGGAGCAGAAGGAGACUUUUCUGGAGGCGUUGCUCAACACGUGCCGUCAGUGGUAUCAGGAGCGCGAAAAGCUACUCUUUGCCAUCCAGGGCAUGAAGUCGCCAUCGCGGGUUCGUUUUACGGCUUUCAUGGCAUUUCUUACGGAAAUGUUUUGCCAGCUGAAACGCCGCCAGCUCCAGUUGCGCACUCACAGCGAAGGUACGCCACCACCUCUAGUGCUGCUCAGUUUGCUCUCCAAGUGCUGUGAGGAUUGUGUGCGCCCACCUGUGCGCUCGCUGUCCGAGAUUGAGUCCUUAUUCUAUGUACUGACCUGCAUUGGUCAAGAUAUGGAGCAGCAGCUGCCGCAGCAGUUGGAGCAACUGAUGUCCGUGGUGCGCGAUGCGUUCCUCAAUGCCGGCGAUGCUGCGGCUGCCAUACGGCGCACCCUUUUGCAGCUGAUCGAGUUAAAGGCUUCGCAUUGGCAGCUGCCCGGAAACUCGGUGCUCUAUUACACCCACACCAACACUUAGUUGAACAGAGAUUGAGAAUCGGGCGCAAUUUGCAAUUGCAAUAUGUAAACAGACAUUAUUAUUGUGGUCGAAUUGCAUUUAGGCCCAGUCCUCGUGCAACACGCAACUAUUUAUCGUACUACAGCAGUACAGCAUAGUCCAUAAGCAAUAUUUAUUUUUGAAACCGUAGCUAGAUGACUAACCCAGGCAUUAUAAUUAUAUAGUAUACACAUAUUUAUACAGCUCUCAAGUCUUAGGCCGGCAACCGAAAACGGAAACGGUAAUAGUGGACCAAGCUCAUUUAACCUUAAACCAUCCAGCCCCUCCCCUUCCCAUGUCAACCAACCUCUAGUAGAAUACUUCAUUCUGCUUAUAUAAGGCUCAAUUUAUACUAUGUGAAAUCCAAUUAUUUAUGUGUAAUAAACAAUACGCUAGUCAAAAA